AAGCUUUUGAUGGCUGUCUGCUGUCUGCUUAACUGGGCAUUGAUGGCAGGUCAAUUUUUAAAAAGUUUGUACUUCAAAUAUAGGAACUAUCUUGCUUUCGGCGGAUUAUUCUCAGUUGGAACUUCGAAUAUUGGCGCAUUUGAGCGAAGACGCAGGUUUUGUUCUGUUCUUAGCCAACCCGAUGACGAUGUUUUCCGCGGCAUUGUAUCGGUUUGGAAAAAGAAAAAGCAAGAAGAAGUCAGAGACGAUGAAAGGCAAAAAGCGAAACAAAUCUGCUACGGGAUUGUUUACGGCAUGGGAUGUAAAAGUUUAGCCGAACAGUUGGAAGUCGGGGAAGAAGAGGCUCAACUCUUUGUUAACACUUUCCACGCAAGCUAUCCUAGUAUACAAAGCUUUAUAACAAACACAGUUAACCAGUGCCGCACGAAUGGAUUUGAUGAUGUUGAUGCCUAAUUUUCUUUACAGGUCAACCGAUGUGGAAAAAAAUUCAGGAGGAAAAUGAAUUGAGCUGCUGACAUUGGCCUAUUCUGGAAUACAUCAGUUUGCAUCAUAAUCAGAAAGGUAAUAUUGCCUCUUUUAAUUCCUUAUCCAGUUGUAGCUAUGACUUGAGUCUGCGUAGAUAAAUUUCUUAGCUUUAUUUGAAAUUUGAGGCUGUGAUAACUUUUUGAAAACGACAAGAUAUUUUCUAAACUAAAGCUUCACUAGAUCUACCCAAAAGCAAGCAAUCUUUAUUUCAACAUAUAGAUAGCAAUUACUUGUUACACCAAAAGUACCCCGCCAGGGUGUGUUCUGUUAUUUCCCGCCCGAAUUAUUUUGGGUAGCUUUUUUCUCAGAAUUUAUUAAUCACAUCGUCAUGGUUUCAACUGCGCUAGGUUGGUUUACGUUAACGAUCACAUCAUCGCCGUGUCUGAUCCUUUUCGAUUGCACUAUAUGAUGCAGCGAGUGUGGGUGUAUGUCGAAAAUAUAAAUUACGCAGAAACCUCCAUAGAAGGGAAACUUGUGUGAUUAGCAUCACACACACACACACACACACACACACAAGAGAAUCCAAACACAUCCUUUGUUAUUCAGAUUAUUUUCCCUUUUUUUUUUUUUUUUUAUGUGUAAG